CUCUCCCAUUACCCUUGUCCAAGAGUAUCCAACCUUCUUUUGCUUUGUUGUUUUUCUGAAACAUGGAUACCAAGGCAGUAACUGGUCCUGUGCAGAAACCAAAUGCCACAACUCCUGCCCAGCAACCAAGCCAAGCUAGCAAUGUGCUAUUACAAGCUACACCAUUGUUGCAACCUGGCCAACAAUUGGGUCCUUUGCAGCCAACUUCCAACUUGGGUUCUGUGCAGCAAACCAGCAACCCAGCUGGUACAUACCAGCAACCCAACCCACAAACCAAUUAUGGUGCAGUGCAGCAACCUAACCCACAAUCCAAUUUUGCACUGCAGCAGCCAACCCCGCAAACCAAUUAUGCAUUGCAGCAACCAAACCCACAAACCAAUUAUGGUGCAGUGCAGCAACCAAACCCACAAACCAAACAAGUUCCACUUCAGCCAUCCAACCAACAAACCAGCCUUGUUCCUUAUCAGCAACCCGACCCACAAACCAAUCUUGGGGCUUGGCAACGACCCACCCCACUGGGUUCUGCGCAGCCAUCCACCCUACUCAGCAAGCUGGCACCUAAUGCCACGCACCAACUGAUCAGAGGUGACCGAAGCAUGCUUACGAUGUCUGAUGACAAUGCGCUGGUCAGUCAUAUUCUGGGAUCCCAUACUCCAGAUGGCCGAGACGUUGAUGUUAAACCCCUUCUUCGCCUUGUUGAGGACAUUCUUAGACGUGCCACUCUCACUCCAGAGACCCUUUUAACAACGGGUUCCCAAACAUACCUUGAUUCAGGCUUUGAUGACAAGACCCACCAUACGAGUUUUCUUGCCAUGCUGGAAGCUCUGUCAUAUACCAUUGACCGAAUUGCCUGCGAGCUUGCAUACAAGGCUUUGGGUGGCACAGAUGCACACCAAACCACAGUGGCAAUAUGUAACAUGGUAUCACACUAUGGAUGGGACGCUAAGUUGGUGCUGGCCUUAGCGGCAUUUGGAUUGAACUAUGGAGAAUUCUGGCUUCUUGCACAGAUUUACUCGACAAACGAACUUGCCAAGGCAAUGGCAAUCCUGAAACAAGUGCCUGGCAUCAUUGAGCACGCUGUCCCACUGAAACCCCGGUUCGAUGCACUUAAUGAUCUAAUCAGGACCAUAUUAGAAGUGACUUGGUGUGUCAUUGAGUUUAAAGAUCUACCAUCCAUUUAUAUCACAACGGACGUACCAGCAUUAGCCUCAGCCAUGAUCCAUAUUCCAACUGCUGUGUAUUGGACUAUCAGGAGUAUUGUGGCCUGCGCAUCUCAGAUUUCUAGCUUCACUAACAUGGGUUACGAGUUUGCGUUAUCCACCUCAGAAGCAUGGGAGCUAUCCACCCUUACCCACAAGCUCAAAACCAUACUUGAACAUCUCAAGAAGAAGAUGGAGAAAUGUGUUCAAUACAUUGAGGAGAGGAAGGAUGUUGAAUCUUAUGAAAUGCUUGUCGAACUCUUCAAAAUGAUCCACAUUGACAACAUGAGAGUUCUCAAGGCCUUGAUUUGCCCUAGGGAUGAUGUGCUAGCACUUGUUGAUGGUACCACCAAGAGAAGGGUUAACCUUGAUGUUCUUAGGAGGAAGAAUGUGUUAUUGCUCAUUUCAAGUCUAGAUAUCACCCAAGAUGAGUUGUCAGUUCUUGAACAGAGUUAUAACGAGUCCAGGCUCCAUGAAAUGAGGCUUCAGAGUCCGUAUGAGGUUGUGUGGAUCCCCAUUGUCGACCAAUUGACUGAUGUCAAGCAAAGGCAUUUUGAAGUGUUGCAGGCUCCAAUGACGUGGUACUCAGUGUACCACCCUUCCAUAAUAUCAAAGGCAUCUGUCAAGUUCAUCAGGGAGCAGUGGCACUUCAGGAACAAGCCUAUCCUUGUAGUCCUAGACCAUCAAGGGAGAGUGGUGUCCCCCAAUGCAAUUCACAUGAUGUGGAUUUGGGGAAGCCAUGCUUUCCCUUUCACUACGUUGAGAGAAGAAGUUCUUUGGAGAGAAGAGGCUUGGAGGCUUGAGCUGUUGGUGGAUGGCAUUGACGCAACCAUAUUGAACUGGAUUAAAGAAGGAAAAUACAUUUUCUUGUAUGGAGGCGAUGACAUGGAGUGGAUUCGGAAAUUUACAAAGGAAGCAAAAGCAGUUGCAGCGGCUACACGCAUACCCUUAGAGAUGGUGUAUGUAGGAAAAGCCACAAAAAGGGAGCAAGUGAAGCGAGUGAUAACGAACAUUGUACAGGAAAAACUCAGUACCUGCUGGCAAGACACAGCCACAAUAUGGUUCUUUUGGACCAGGCUUGAGAGCAUGCUGUUCUCAAAGAUUCAGCUAGGCAAGGAUGAGGAACACGACCUUGUGAUGCAACAAAUCAAGAGGGUGCUUAGUUUUGACAGAGAGGGUUCGUGGGCAGUGCUUAGCAGAGGGUCUAGUGUGUUGGUUAAUGAGCAUGGAAACAUUCUCUGGCCUGCCUUGUUUGAGUAUGAACAAUGGAAAGAAAAGGUGGCACUGCAGGGCUUUGACAUUGCUUUUCAAAACUAUGUUGCUGCGCUUCGUGGUGAUUCUCACCCUUGUUGCCGCUUUGAGUUCUCAAACUAUGCUGGAAAAAUCCCAGAAAACAUGAAGUGUCCUGAGUGUCAUCACUACAUGGAGAAAUACACCACUUUCCUCUGCUGCCACGACGAAGGCAUUGUUCCAAGCUUACUUGCACUAGCCACUAAUAAUUAAACCCACUAGCAUUUUCCUUAAUUAAUAUAGCAGCUAUAUGCUUAUGCUGCUGAUGCUAAAUAAGAGAACAAUAUAUAUAGGAUAUGUGUUUUAUUUAUUUAUUAAUUUUUUUCUUCUUUCAUCUUAUAUAUAUAUGUUAAAGAAUUGAGUGUGACUGUGUGAGAUGUCCACCCAAUUGCGACUUUCUGGCGGCUUAUGUAUCCGAUUUGAAGGAAUAGAUAAAAAAAACACGUGUAUUGUAAUAAUCUUCUUUGAUUAUAUUAAAGAUUCUUUUGCAGUAAACUAUAAAUACAACUAUUAUAAAAAGCU